UCUCUCUCUCUCUCUCUCUCUCUCCGUUUCUCACUCUAGAAAACGCGGAAACCUUGCAUUUGUGUUUUGUAAAUUUGUAUUUCCAUUUUUCCACACCCGUUCUCACAGAUAUGCUCUGCUUCCUCCGACACCAGUAUCUGAGACAAUUAGCUGGUAGCGGAAGGGCUUUAAUGGAGGGGGCAAUGAAGAAGACCAUGAGCAAUGGCAGUGUUCAUAUGGAGAGGGAGGAGAUUGAUAACAAGUUUGAGGAAGCCUAUGGGGAACAUAAUGCCACGGAAGAUCAGCUCAUUACCCCUUGGACUGUCUCUGUUGCUAGUGGUUACUCGUUACUGCGUGAUCCGAUCUACAACAAAGGCCUUGCAUUUUCUGAGAAGGAGAGAGAUGCUCAUUACUUGCGUGGCUUGCUGCCUCCAGCAAUCCUUGAUCAGGAGCUUCAGGAAAGGAGGAUGAUGCACAAUCUUCGCCAAUAUGAUGUUCCAUUACACAGAUAUAUUGCCAUGAUGGAUCUUCAGGAGAGAAAUGAGAGGCUGUUCUACAAGCUUCUCAUUGAUAAUGUUGAAGAACUGCUUCCAGUUGUGUACACUCCCACAGUUGGUGAAGCCUGCCAGAAGUAUGGAAGCAUUUACAGGCGACCUCAGGGCCUUUUCAUCAGUUUGAAAGAGAAGGGAAAGAUUCUUGAAGUACUGAAGAACUGGCCAGAAAGGAACAUUCAAGUUAUCGUUGUGACCGACGGCGAGCGGAUUCUCGGUCUCGGGGAUCUCGGAUGCCAGGGCAUGGGGAUUCCUGUGGGAAAGCUUUCUUUGUAUACCGCUCUUGGAGGAAUUCGGCCCUCAGCUUGCUUGCCUAUUACUAUCGAUGUCGGUACGAACAACGAGCAGCUUUUGAAUGACGAGUUCUACAUUGGCCUUCGACAUAAACGAGCCAGAGGACAGGAAUACAUGGAGCUUUUAGAUGAGUUCAUGUAUGCAGUAAAGAAGAACUAUGGAGAGAAAGUUCUAAUACAGUUUGAAGAUUUUGCAAACCACAAUGCGUUCGAGUUGCUUUCGAGAUAUAGUUCGUCGCACCUUGUGUUUAAUGACGACAUUCAGGGUACGGCAUCUGUCGUCGUAGCAGGACUACUUGCAGCUCUUAAACUUAUUGGAGGAACCUUAACUGACCACACUUUCCUGUUCCUGGGAGCUGGAGAGGCUGGAACUGGUAUAGCUGAGCUUAUUGCUUUGGAGAUUUCAAAACAGACAAAAGCUCCAGUUGAAGAGACUCGCAGGAAGAUUUGGCUUGUGGACUCAAAGGGGUUGAUCGUUCGAUCCCGCUUCGAAUCCCUUCAACACUUCAAGAAGCCUUGGGCUCAUGACCAUGAAUCCAUCAAGGAUCUCUUGGGUGCCGUCCAGGCCAUCAAGCCAACAGUGUUGAUAGGAACAUCUGGUGUUGGAAAGACAUUCACAAAGGAGGUUGUGGAGGCCAUGGAAUCCCUCAAUGAGAAACCACUUAUCCUUGCUCUCUCGAACCCGACAUCACAAUCGGAGUGUACAGCCGAAGAAGCUUACACAUGGAGCAAGGGCCGGGCGAUCUAUGCCAGUGGAAGUCCAUUUGACCCUGUUGAAUAUGAUGGGAAAGUUUUUGUGCCUGGGCAGGCCAACAAUGCUUACAUAUUCCCUGGAUUCGGCUUGGGUCUGAUCAUGUCUGGUACGAUUCGUGUGCACGAUGACAUGCUCUUGGCAGCCUCGGAGGCUCUGGCUGCCGAAGUGAGUCAGGAAAACUAUGACAAGGGACUGAUUUACCCUCCUUUUACCAAUAUCAGAAAGAUAUCUGCUAACAUUGCUGCUAAAGUUGCAGCUAAAGCUUAUGAGCUUGGUUUGGCUUCUCGUCUUCCUCGACCCAAGGAUCUCGUAAAAUUUGCGGAGAGCUGCAUGUACAGCCCGCGCUACCGUAACUACCUUUAAGCGAAUUUUAUAGUUUCAGUCUACAAAAUUUUCCAUCAUUUUUUUGUUGUAAUUUGUUGUUUCUAGUCCUGUCAUUAGCAUAGGACAUGCCUUAAGAACUUAUUACUUUUCUCUCUUAAUGCUCCAUUCCCAAAGUUGUUUAUCUUAAUAUAAUAUUCUUUUGUUAUUCAGAUUGAAUUAUGUUUUAGGCUGUUACAAUUCAAUGGGAUUAUUUGUGCAAGUAUUACUAAUGAAAUAAAGUCUCACCCCCACAUUGCCUC